GUUUUGAUCUGUUCUAGCAAUGACGGCUUUUAUUUUCUCAAGAGGUUGUGUUCCUCAGAUCAUGCCAAAGCCUGGGAACAGUGAGGGCAUUAGGACCAAGAGCAAGACUCACUCACACUUGGCUCUGGGUUGUGUCUGGCAGAGGGCUCUUCUCUGAGCCUGAGUGAGGAGCUAUGUGUGAAAGGAAAUCAGACACUGCCUGCCGGCUUCACAUCUGUUGAUCUGACCUGACUGGAAGCAUCCAAAGGGGGACGGCUGUCAGCUCUGCUGGACUGAAGACCCACCAGCUCACCCCAGACGUCUCUUAGCAACCUGAGCGUUCAUGCAAGGGGGGCCAAUGAAACAUAUGGGACUGAACACCUGAGCAGAAUGGAGUAACUAUUUUCCUGAGAAGAAAAAGGGGGCACAAGGGGAGCAAACCUUUCAGUUUGAAGUCCCUGUGAAUGGGCUUUCAGAGGCAAUUAGACAAGUCCACCCAGACAGAACCUGGGGUGGAACCUGGGUCCUGUGGCUUUCUGAUUGCAAGUGGAAGUGCAUCUUGCACAUGCUGUUCGCAAAUGUCAGAUGGAAAGAAAGGAGCAGGUUAAGUGAGAGGCGAAAAGCUCCCAGGUGGAACCAGGAACUCGAGUUCUGCUGCAAGCUUGAAGGCACCUGGAGCAGGAUGAGAAGGCAAAGUUGAACAACAUGACCUGUUGCAUUUGGCAAGUUCCAGCAACAUGCUCUUAAGGAAGCGAUACCGGCAUGGACUGUGCAGACUGCAGUUCCUGCUGCUGCUCCUAAUGCUGGGAUGCGUGCUGAUGAUGGUGGCCAUGUUGCACCCUCCCCAGCAGGCCCCGCGCCAGGCAGGUGCAGCCCAGGCCGGUGGGCACAGCCCUGAGACUGGGUACCGCCUGGACUUUGGGGAAUCCCAGGAAUGGGUGCUGGAGGACGAGGACGAAGGCCAAGAGUAUGGCCCCCUGGAGGGCCUGCCCCCCUCGAUCUCAUUGAGGGAGGAUCAGCUCCUGGUGGCUAUGGCCUCACACAAGGCCAGAAGGAACCAGAGCCACAGCAGGAGAGGUGGGCACUACAGGCUCAUCAAGCAGCCGAGCAAGAGACAGGACGAGGAGGCCCCAGAGAGGGACUGGGGGGCAGAGGAGGAGGAUGGGGAGGUCUCUGAAGAAGAUGAGCUUACCCCGCUCAGCCUGGACCCCUACGGCCGCGCGGAGGCGCUCAAUGCCCACGUCCCCCUGCGGAGGGCCCUGCCUGAGAUGCGGCACCCACUGUGUCUGCGGCAUCACCCCAGGGACAGCCUGCCCAUGGCCAGCGUCAUCCUCUGUUUCCACGAUGAGGCCUGGUCCACCCUACUGAGAACCGUGCACAGCAUCCUUGACACAGCGCCCAGGGCCUUCCUGAAGGAGAUCAUCCUUGUGGACGACCUCAGCCAGCAAGGACAGCUCAAGUCGGCUCUCAGCGAAUAUGUAGCCAGGCUGGAGGGUGUGAAGCUGCUCAGGAGCAACAAGAGGCUGGGUGCUAUCCAGGGCCGAAUGCUGGGGGCUACCAGGGCUACAGGGGACGUGCUGGUCUUCAUGGACUCCCACUGCGAGUGCCAUCAAGGCUGGCUGGAGCCCCUCCUCAGCAGAAUAGCUGGUGACAGAAGCCGGGUGGUGUCUCCAGUCAUAGAUGUGAUUGACUGGAAGACUUUCCAGUAUUACCCAUCCGAGGACCUGCAACGUGGGGUGUUGGACUGGAAGCUGGAUUUCCACUGGGAGCCUUUGCCAGAGCAUGAAAGGAAGGCCCUCCAGUCUCCCAUCAGCCCCAUCAGGAGCCCCGUGGUGCCAGGUGUGGUCGUGGCCAUAGACAGAAAUUACUUCCAAAACACUGGAGCGUAUGACUCUCUCAUGUCACUGUGGGGUGGCGAAAACCUCGAACUGUCUCUCAAGGCCUGGCUCUGUGGUGGCUCCGUUGAGAUCCUUCCCUGCUCUCGGGUAGGGCACGUCUACCGAAAUCAGGAUGCCCAACCCCUCCUUGACCACAAGGCCACCCUGCAGAACAAAGUUCGCAUUGCUGAGACCUGGCUGGCGUCGUUCAAAGAAACCUUCUACAGGCACAGCCCAGAGGCCUUCUCCCUGAGCCAGGCUGAGAAGCCAGACUGCACAGAACGCCUACAGCUGCAAAGGAGACUGGGUUGUCGGAUGUUCCACUGGUUUCUAGCCAACAUCUACCCUGAGUUGUACCCAUCUGAACACAGGCCCAGUUUCUCUGGAAAGCUCCACAACACUGGACUUGACUUCUGUGCAGACUGCCAGGCAGAAGGAGACAUCUUGGGCUGUCCCAUGACGCUGUUUCCUUGCAAUGACAACCGGAAGCAACAGCAUCUGCAGCAUACCGGCAGGAAGGAGAUACACUUUGGGAGCCCACAACACCUGUGCUUUGAUGUCAGGGAAGAGCAGGUGAUUCUUCAGAACUGCACGGAGGAAGGCCCUGUCAUCCAUCAGCAGCACUGGGACUUCCAAGAGAAUGGAAUGAUUGUUCACGUCCUUUCUGGGCGAUGCAUUGAAGCUGUGGUGCAGGAAAACAAUAAAGACUUGUAUUUGCGCCAGUGUGAUGGAAAAGCCAGUCAGCUAUGGCGAUUUGACCAAAUCAAUGCUGUGGAUGAACAAUGA